GAUACUGUGAAUCACUUGAUACUUAUCUUCAUUGAUGAUAGUCCACCUGAAAUAGCAACUGAACCUGCUUCACCUUUGGUUCCUUUCUUGCAGAAAUUUGCAGAAACUAGAAACACAAAAUCUUCUGCUUUGCACUUUGAACUGAAAGAAUUUGAAGGCAAGCAGGAUCUUUUCUUUCUAUUUAUGAGUUUUUUGAAGAAAGAAGGAACAGUGCACGUAUUGCAAUUUUACCUGGAGUUAGAGCAAUUUAAUAAUAGAAUUUUGCAGGCAGAAUUAUCAGAUGCUGAGAAAAUGUCCCUCCAUGAGGAAGUCAAGAAAAUCUAUGAAACAUACUGCUUAGAUGAAAGCAUUGACAAAAUUAAAUUUGAUCCUUUCAUUGUGGAAGAGAUACAAAGUAUUGCUGAAGGCCCCUAUGAGGAAGUUGUGAAGCUACAACAAAUGCGGUGUUUCUUUGAAGCCUACGAACAAGUUUUCUCGCUCUUAGAAAACGUCUUCAUACCUAGAUUCUGCCACACAUAUGAGUAUUUCCACCACCUCUUUCAAGAAGUUGAAUCCCCAACACGCAAUUCCAAGUCAAACAAAAGCCUGCAUAGAAGAGGAGAAUCAUCGGGAAUCAGAAGCAUAAGCAGCAAAAUUAAAGGAGUAUUCAAGAGCACCACAAUGGAAGGGGCUAUGCUACCCGACUAUCUCCUUGCUGAAGGAGAGGAUGAUUUUAAUUUUCAGUAUGAGUCAGCUAGCUGGGAAAUUUCAGGAGUUAAAAUUCACAUAAUUGGAGACGCCAGUGUCUGGGAGGAAGAGAGCUGUCCAAAGGAGAGAGGGGUAGGGCCAGAGGUGAAGGUGAUAAGGAUGUCACAACAGUUUGUUGAAAGUCCAACUCCUUUGGGGCUGAGCAUGACACCGAAGAUGAUGAAGAACACCAGAGAUGCGGUGCAGGUUUGGAUUACUUUGAUUGAAAUGCUCCAAGAAAAGGGGUAA